AUGAACGGGGUAAAAGGGUCAGCACAGGCGACCGCGUUGUUUGUGUUUGGAGACUCAUUAGUAGAUAAUGGAAAUAACAACUUCCUCAACUCCAUUGCUAAAUCAAAUUACUAUCCAUAUGGUGUGGAUUUCAACAGUGGACCUACUGGCAGAUUUUCCAAUGGAAGAACAUUUGCUGAUUAUCUUGGAGAUUUAUUGGGAGUUCCUUCUCCUCCACCCUUUGCAGAUCCCACCACGUCCGGAGCUAGAAUCCUUGGAGGAGUUAAUUAUGCUUCCGCAGCUGCUGGCAUCCUUGAUGAAACAGGCCAACAUUAUGGACAGAGGUACUCAUUAAGUCAACAAGUGAUUAAUUUCGAGACAACUUUAGGUCAAUUGAGGAAGAUGAUGAGCGGAGCAGACUUGAGCCGAUACUUGGCAAAGUCCAUAGCACUAGUUGUUAUUGGCAGCAAUGACUACAUCAAUAACUAUCUCCUGCCCUCCAUGUACCCUUCAAGCUACAAUUACCGUCCCCCUGAAUUUGCCAACCUUCUUCUAAAUCACUAUGCUCGACAACUUGUGGCGCUGUACAGCGUGGGGCUAAGGAAAUUUGUGCUACCAGGAAUAGCACCCCUUGGAUGCAUCCCGAAUCAACUAGCCACUGGACAGGCACCCCCAGGAAGAUGUGUUGACUAUGUGAAUCAAAUGUUGGGUGCGUUUAAUGAAGGGCUCAAGUCGCUAGUGAACAUCAUGAACAAUGGCACCCACCCUGGUGCCAUGUUUGUCUAUGGAAAUUCUUAUGGUGCCAUUGGUGAUAUCUUGAACAAUCCGUCUAGAUUUGGAUUUAUUGUGGUGGAUAGAGGAUGUUGCGGCAUAGGGAGAAACCAAGGGCAGAUAACUUGUCUUCCAUUUGCGACCCCAUGUUACAACAGGAACCAGUAUGUAUUCUGGGAUGCCUUCCAUCCCACCCAAAAAGUUGAUGCCAUUCUUGCUCAGAGGGCCUAUUCUGGCCCUCCUACUGACUGCCAUCCUAUGAACGUUCAACAGUUAGCUCUUAUUAAUUUCUGA